UCAAACCGUUAAUGCUCUCAAACACACAUCAUAGGAUCUAGCCAAUGACGACCAACAAUCUGUUAUGCUCGGGGGGUUCCUGUUGACUUCAUGGAUUAUGUGAGGAGAAUGAGUGACUGAACAGCAGAUUCAUUGAACUAACACUGAGAAGGAAACCAUCACAAAAUAGUCCACCUUCAUAUGAAUGGAAAUCACAAGACAACAACUUCAGAGCUGUUGAUCAGUUCAGGAGAGCUGGAAGGCGAUCUGCGCGGAGAUGGGGAGUCAGGACCGGGAGCUGGUGGCGCUGGUCAUCAGGUUCGCCAUCUUGCUGCUCACCAGGCCCUGUCUGCUGGCCAUGGAGAUACCACAGGAUGUCAAGCAGCCCCCCACCAUCAUCAAGCAGUCGGUGAAGGAUCACAUUGUGGAGCCCAGUGAUCCCAUCAUCAUUGAGUGUGAAGCAACAGGAAACCCUCAGCCUGUGUUCACCUGGACACGCAAUGGGAAGUACCUGAACGUGGCGAGAGACUCGCAAGUGUCCAUGCGGAGGUGGUCAGGCACGUUGGAGAUCUUCUUCUACGGUCGGCCCGGCGACUACGAGGGGGAGUACCAGUGCACCGCCACUAACGAGUUCGGCUCCGCCAUCUCCAACAAGAUCAACCUGAGGGUCUCCAAGGCGCGCUCGUGGCCCAAGGAGCACCUGGAGCCCAUGACGGUGUUCGUGGGCGAGUCACUGGUGCUGCCCUGCAACCCCCCCCCAGGACCCCCCGAGCCUGCUACCUACUGGGUCAACAGCUCUAUGGUGCCGAUCCGCCAGAGUCGCCGGGUGUCCAAGGCUGAGAACGGCGACCUGUACUUUGCGUACGUGCUCCCCGAGGACGCGUCCACAGACUACUGCUGCACGGCACGCUUCCCGCACACCUACACCAUCCACCAGAAGAGCGCCGUCAUCCUCCAGGUGCUCACAGUGCGCAGGCCAUCUGAAAGAGCUCCUGCCUUCAUGUAUCCCCCGAAGAAGGCCACGUCUAGAGUCGCACUCGUAGGGGAAGAACUGGUGCUGGAGUGCUUUGCCACGGGAGUUCCUCCCCCUGUGAUUAAGUGGACCAAAGACUGGGACCAGAUGUCCCUGGAGGGCAAAAGACUGGAGAGCUUCAACAAGAGGCUUCGCAUCCUGUCCGUGUCCCUGGACGACGGGGGAGAGUACACCUGCACAGCCUCCAACAAGAUGGGCUACGUGGAGCGCACCAUCUCCGUCAGUGUCAAAGCGGCUCCUUACUGGUUGGAGAAGCCGAAGAACCUAAUUCUGUCCCGAGACGUCAACGGCAAGAUGGCGUGCCAGGCGGAUGGAGUGCCGCGGCCCACGGUGCAGUGGCUGGUGAACGGAGUGCCAAUUGAAGAGGUCGAUAGGAUCCCAAGCAGACAAGUGUCUGGAGAGACACUGAACUUCCGCGGUGUGACUGAGGAGACCACCGCUGUGUAUCAGUGCAACAUGUCCAACCCCUACGGCUACCUGCUGGCCAACGCCUUCGUCAGCGUCAUGGACCAGCGGGCUCGUAUUCUGUGUCCACGAGAUCAGGCGAUGAAGGUCAUCGAGGGCAGGAAGACGCUGCUGGACUGCCCUUACUUUGGGGCGCCAGCACCUGAGCUGCGCUGGUCAAAGGGCACGGUUGGCUCCUUAGAAGGUGGUCGCUACAAGGUGUACAGGAACGGGACGCUAGAGAUCCGUAAGACGAGGAUGGACGACCAGGGCAUCUACAUGUGCACCGUCAGCAACGCCAUUGGCCGAGAUGAGAACCAGAUCCAGCUGGAGGUCAAAGAGCCCACACAAGUCAUCCGCAAGCCACACAACGUGAUCAUCCUGCGCGGGGGAGACGCCAAGUUUGAGUGUGCAAUCCGGCACGACGAGACCAUGCUGCCCUCCGUCAACUGGGAGAAGAACAACAAGACCCUCUUCAUUGGACGGAGAAUGCUGAAGGAGGAGGACGCUCUGACUAUCGUCAAUGUCAACAAAGGAGAUGAAGGAGUGUACAGCUGUGUGGUCAAAACGGAACUGGACGAGGUCAUAGUGUCCGCUCGACUCAAAGUGAUGGAUCGUCCAGAGCCCCCGACGGACCUGGUGUUAUCAGACCCCUCAGAGCGCAGCGUGCGCCUCGCUUGGACGCCUGGAGACAGCAACCACAGCCCCAUCAAAGAGUACUUGGUGCAGGCCAAAGAGGAGUGGUGGUUCCACUCCUCAUGGAAGAACCUGACCGUCUACCCGGGGAACCUGAACUCGGUGGUGCUGCAGCUCUCCCCGUACCUGAGCUACCGGUUCCGCAUCAUCGCCGUGAACGCACUCGGCCAGAGCGACCCCAGCCGCGCUACGGAGUACUACCAGACCGGAGGAGCCGUGCCAGACUCCUACCCCAAAAACAUCAAAGGUGUGGGAAGUGGACUGUGGAGAAACAACAUGGAGAUCACCUGGGAGCCGUUGCCGGAGCGGGACUGGAACGGGCCGUACCUGCAGUACAUGGUGUGGUGGAGGCGGCAGGACUCCAAGGAGGAGUGGAAGAACGUGACCACCAGGUGGUGGUGGCACACCAUCUACGACACGGACACCUUCACCGCCUACGAGAUCAAGGUGCAGGCCAUCAACAAGUUCGGCUACGGGCCAGAGUCCCCCGUCAUCAUCGGAUACUCUGGGGAAGACCGGCCUCUAGAAGCUCCGUCCGAGCUGAGUGUGUCGGAGGUGGACAGCACGUCUGCAACGGUCAACUGGCUGCCCGUCUCCCACAGCAGCAUCAUGGGAGCGCUGAAGGAGUACAAGGUGUACUACUGGCGAGAGAGCAGUCAGCUGCCGUGGCUAAGUGUCAGUAGGCGGAGCAAGUCCAAAGGUUUCGCAGCGUCAGGCCCGCGGCUGUCUGGCCAGGUGACGGGGUUAACCCCUUACAGCAACUACAGGAUGUACAUAGUGGUGGCCAACAGCCGCUACGAGGGCCCCCAGAGCAGCACCAUCGAGUUCCAGACACUAGAGGGCGUGCCCUCUGCUCCGCGCUCUUUCAAGAUCCAGCACCGGCAUCUGGACACCAUCUACGUGGAGUGGGAGCGGCCGGCGGAACCCAACGGCAUUCUAACGGGAUACGUGCUGAGAUACCAGCUGUUGAAUGCAAGUAGAGGGGAGAAGAUCCGUGAGGAGCAGUUGCCUCCAAACAGGACCUACUUCUCUGUCCAGCGCUAUGACCGCUACACGCGCUACAAGUUCUCUGUAGCGGCCCAAACGCAGGGCGGCACCGGAGAGUUCUACACCGAGGAGUCGCCACACUUCACUGAAGCGUACUCCACGGAUCAGGUGGACCUGGCCACUCAGGGCUGGUUCAUUGGGUUGAUGUGUGCAGUUGCCCUGCUGGUGAUCAUCAUGCUCGUCGUCUUCUUCAUCAAGAGGAGCAGAGGGGGCAAAUACCCAGUGAGGGAUAAAAAGGACUUUUGCUUGGAGCCCCUCGAUGAUAAAGACCAGGAAGGAACAUUUGACUAUCGGUCUCUGGAGAGGAUAACUCGUGUUCCUACUCUUCCCUACACCAGAAGGGAGGAGGACAUCAGGCAGAGGAGAGCGGACUCGGUGGACGACAUCAUCAGGAGGACGGAGAGCGAUGACAGCCUGGUGGAUUACGGCAACGGAGGCGAGAUCGAGUUCAACGAAGACGGCUCGUUCAUCGGCCAGUACACCGGCGUCAGCAAGCGCGAGAAGUCAGAUAGAGACGAAGACGGCUCGUUCAUCAGCCAGUACACCGGCAUCAGCAAGCACGAGAGGUCAGGUCGAGAGUACCACGACAGCUCCGAGGCCACGUCACCAGCCAACACCAUUUACACACUGGCCUAGUGUAGUCCUCUCUUGGGUACCUGAGGGCCACUGGGACUAAACAACAGGUACCCACACAAUGGCCUGUUUGCCCAAGAGGUCUUCUCACCUCUGGUCAGCCACUGAGAGCAAAUCGAUUCUGCUUGCAUUUGUCAAGGGGAUCAUAGGGAAAUGGUGACUGGACUUACAGUGCUACUUUUGCAGUUUGGGAAAUAAAACAAGGUCGUUUUACAGGAGAAGGCUGCUCCCUUCAUGCAGAUAAUUUACCAACAUGAUCCUUUAUCUUUUCAAACUAAAGGGCAUAAAGCGGUUAUGUAACUGCCCGGGGAGGUGGUAUGUUUUAUCAUGUUGAUAAAGAGUAGGAGAGUGAGGAGACGAUGGGGAGUGCUAUGGUGGCAGGGCUGCAUGUGUGCUGGUAUGGCUCAGUAAAAGCUAGAGAGAGUGAGGACGAUGUUGGCUAAUUGGGUAUUUUACAGUAAAAGCUAGAGAGAGUGAGGACAAUGUUGGCUAAUUGGGUAUUUUACAGUAAAAGCUAGAGAGAGUGAGGACAAUGUUGGCUAAUUGGGUAUUUUACAGUAAAAGCUAGAGAGAGUGAGGACAAUGUUGGCUAAUUGGGUAUUUUACAGUAUGUGCUCAGUAAAAGCUAGAGAGAGUGAGGACAAUGUUGGCUAAUUGGGUAUUUUACAGUAAAAGCUAGAGAGAGUGAGGACAAUGUUGGCUAAUUGGGUAUUUUACAGUAAAAGCUAGAGAGAGUGAGGACAAUGUUGGCUAAUUGGGUAUUUUACAGUAAAAGCUAGAGAGAGUGAGGACAAUGUUGGCUAAUUGGGUAUUUUACAGUAUGUGCUCAGUAAAAGCUAGAGAGAGUGAGGACAAUGUUGGCUAAUUGGGUAUUUUACAGUAAAAGCUAGAGAGAGUGAGGAUGAUGUUGGCUAAUUGGGUAUUUUACAGUAUGUGCUCAGUAAAAGCUAGAGAGAGUGAGGAGAAAGUUGGCUAAUUGGGUAUUUUACAGUAUGUGCCGUGUUGCGCACAAGCAAAAGCUAGUCAGAUAUUUAUUCUCGUUUUUCUUUUUUAGCCCAUGACCUUUUUAACGUCUCUGGUUGCUUUUCCCAGCCCAUUCAUUAUUGGUUGGAUCAAACUGCCCUCAUUCUUCAGGUAUAAGAACACAGAGUGUUUUAAUGCUUAUGAAACUUUAGUACACUCGAUCCCGGCACAUUGCUCAUUGCUCAGAGCUGUACCAAUAUCAGUUCAAAUUCAUAAGGCCCUGAGCUAACUGACUCAAGUACAAGAUGAAAUUGGCUGGUUGCCAGUUGUCCAUCGGUGAAAUUAGAGUCCAUUGCGUGUUUAAGAUGUCCUCUUCUAUAAUGAGAAAGAGGAGGAGGUCCUUAAUUCAGCCAUUAUAUUUCCAACCCAUCACAGGGCAUUCUGGGUAGGAUCUCUCUGUGCUCUAAUGCACUAUUGUUUAUGUUGUACAGUAUAGUUCUGCUCACAGAGGAAGAAUGUCCCAUCAUCUCACAGGUGAAAGAGACAGAUCCAUUCCAGUGUGAUUCAUAUUCUGUGCAUUAACCUCUAAAGUAAUACCCCCCCACCACCUCCUCUUAUUGAUGGCCAUACCUUAUCAACGGCACCUGGUUCAUCUCCCCCACUCUG